AUGGCCGAGGCCCCGGGGCGCCAGGCUCUGGGGGGGCUGUGGCUGGGGGGGGGCGCGGCCCUGGGGGUGCUGGCAUGUGUCAUCGCCCUUAUGGCCCAGCAGGCCCACCUGGGAGCCCUGCGGGGGGAACUGACCCAGCUCCGGGGGGAGCUGGCGGCCGCCAGGAGGGGAGAGACCAGGCCCCCUGGAGAGACGCAGGAGCCUGGGGAGCUGGAGCCCCCCCUGGCUGCGGGGGUCCAGGCCCCCAUGGUUUGGCGAAGGGGGAAAAGGGGCUCUGAGGGGAAGUCAAGGCAGCAGGACCAGCGGCAGCAACACAGGAAACGCUCGGUUCUGCACCUGGCCCCCAGCCAUCGCUCCACCAACAGCGUUUUCCAGCUGCAGCGUGGGGACCAGCUGAGUCUCCGGGUGCCCCGGGCCAACGCAUCACUAGAUCUCAGCCCGCAUGGGACGUUCCUGGGCCUGGUCCGCCUGUAGAGGGCCGGCCACCCCCCCGCCCCCAGGAGAGGAAGGGACCCAGGCGUCCGGGGAGCUGCAGAGGGACUCGGCUAGAAAAGGGACCCAGGCGUCCGAGAAGCUGCAGAGGGAAUCAUCCGGAAGGGACCCAGGCAUCCGGGGAGCUGCAGAGGGAAUCGUCCAGAAGGGACCCAGGCAUCCGGGGAGCUGCAGAGGGACUCGGCCAGAAGGAACCCAAGCGUCCAGGGAGCUGCAGAGGGAAUCAUCCAGAAGGGACCCGGGGAGCUGCAGAGGGACCAGGCCAGAAGGGACCCAGGCAUCCGGGGAGCUGCAGAGGGAAUCAUCCGGAAGGGACCCGGGGAGCUGCAGAGGGACCAGGCCAGAAGGGACCCAGGCAUCUGGGGAGCUGCAGAGGGACUCGGCCGGACGGAUCCCAGGGGACCUGCAGAAGGGAGCUGCAGAGGGACCUGGCCAGAAGGGACCCAGGUGCCCGGGAAAAUCCCAGGGCUGUGAUUUUGGGGUCUCAUCAUUGGGGCGGGUGCAGGACUCCACCCUGACCACCAGGGGGCACCCCCGAGGAUAGCCUGAACCGAACCAACCCCCCCCCCCAAAAAAAACGAAGGAAAUUCCAGCCCAAAAACUUUGUGAAGGUGGCGAAUGGGGCACAGUGAACAAACAUGCCCAGGGGAUGGGCGACUGGGAGCCCGGACUCCUGGGUUCUCUCUUCAGUUCUGAGUGGGGUCUAGUGGCUUGGAACAAGGGCAGGGGAGGAGCCAGGACUCCUGGGUUCUUAUUUGGCUUUGUCCGAAGCCCGGCAGCGACAGGGAUACAGACCACUCGGCCGGUCUGGGAGGAAGGGACCCAGGCAUCCGGGGAGUUGCCAAGGAACUCAGCUGGCCUGGGAGGAGCCACAGGGGGGCGUUAAGAGGACACAUCCCGUUUGUUACAGUCCCGGGUGGGAGCAGGGGAGUGGCGGGGGGCUGGGUUCGCCUGGGGGCUCUGCUGUGGGUUUGUUACCUGCUAAUAAAAACUGAUUCCACUUGCCAAACACCCCCCUCGUGCCCCCAUCUGCUCGGACCCCAGCAGGUCCGUCACAGACACCUUCCGGCUUUGUCCUUACGGAGACCGGGCUGCGCCCCC